AUGCCGCAUGGAGGCAGUGGGAAGAACAGCAACGCUCAUCAGAACAGUCUGGAUGACAGUGCACAAUCUCGACCGUACUUCGACAUAUCGAAUUCGAAGAACGUGACCACCAUCAAGGGCCAGACUGCGUACUUGAAUUGCCGCGCGAAGAACUGGCGAAACAAGACGAUGACGUUGCAGGUUUCCUGGAUCCGGCACAGAGAUGUCCAUCUGCUCACCAUCGGCCAGUACACCUACACGAACGACCAGCGAUUCAAGCCGAUCCACGUCGAGCAAAGCGAGGAUUGGACGCUUGAAAUCAAGUAUGCGCAGCUUCGAGACAGUGGUUGCUACGAGUGCCAGAUCUCCACGACGCCGCACAUAAGUCACAUCGUAUACUUGGAUGUGAUCGAACCAAAAACCGAAGUCCUGGGUGAACCAGACGUAUACAUUAAUCGAGGUAGCACGAUCAACCUGACGUGUAUUCUCGUUAGUCCAGAGCCACCAGCCUUCAUAAUCUGGAAUCAUAACGAUGCCAUAAUCACCUACGACCCGACCAGAGAUGGCGUAUCCGUGAUCACGGAGAAUGGUAACAUGACCAGGAGUUUUCUGCUAGUGCAGGACGCUAAACUGUCAGACUCUGGCCGUUAUACCUGUAAUCCCAGUAACGCUCAACCAAAAUCAAUCACCGUUCACGUACUCAAUGGAGAGUAUCCCGCGGCAAUGCAGCAUGGUGGACAAGCCAAGCAACCAAGGCUCUACUCCCUUCUCCUCUGUCUGUGUCUGCUGCUUUACUAACCGUUUCACCCUGAAACGAUGCUCCUCUUCCUCCAUCGCGUGGACAAACGGUGAACGGGAAAGACUUCUUACCGUCAGAUCCGCCGAUCGAGGAUCGACUGGUGCGCCCUCAAAGAAAGUACGCGCGUUCGUGCAACCAGGAAUCGCACGGUGGUGCAGUGACGUGGUAAACGCCGAUCGCAACGCCGGCACGUCGAUAAUGUUAGUGUGGACGAACAAAAAAGUGUACGAAUGAUGGCGUGUCGACGGUCGAUAAGCGACCAUAGAAGUUCGACGACGUUGAAACUUUCGACUCGAUACGAACCAGCAGCGAAUCGCGUGAUUG